GAUCCAUUGCAGACAGCUGCUAAUUCGAGUCUCCCUCGCAAUUAUUUUUAGGCCACUUGUUCCUGAUCCUCAUUUUCAAACUUUAAAGUGUUUGUGCAAUUGCCUGUUCGAGAAGAAGAUGGCUCUGAGCACAGUUUGUCCUCUCCCCUGUCGUCCUUCCCUCCGCGCUCUUCAGUUCUUGAGACCCUCUUCCAGCGGAACCUCGUCCCAUCCGCCUUUCCACGGCCACUGGGACUCGAAAUGCUUCUACCUUAGUCCUCUUUCUAUAUGCUGGCAUCAUCUUCCAAUAGUAGCUUAUUCUGGAGGUAACGAUAGCGUCGAAACCGAGAGGAUGGAAGCCGGUUUACUUGAGGACGACCUACUGAGGCGCAUCGUAGGAAAAAAGGAUGCUCAGGAAGCUAUUGAGAUGAUUGCGGAGGCGAAGAAGAAUGUGAGCGGGGGUAUUGUAGGGAUUAAUGACUGCCGUCUGAUAAUUGCAGCCGCUUUUGAUGGAAAGAAUGUCGAAUUGGCACUGUCAGUUUUCCACGCAAUGCUUUCUGGCCGUGCUCAAGGCAUGAAUGAGGUAAAAACCCUUGAGAGAUGGGGCUGGGCUAGGCCGGACGUGCAGAUCUAUGCGUUGCUGGUUCGAGGACUGGCAGCUUCCUUGAGAGUUGCGGAUGCAUUGAGGAUUAUAGGCCUGGUUUCUGGUGCAGGAGUUGCUUCAGGAGAUGAGGUGCCAUUUGGAAUGAUAGUCCAAUGCCCAAUUUGUAUGCUAGCAAUUGCUGUUGCACAGCCUCAACAUGGUGUUCAGAUUGCUUCUUGCUCCAAUUGCCGUUAUCAGUACGAGCUUGUGUCGGGGGAUAUACAUAGCAUUACUUCAGAAGUGACUAGCAUGGAUACUUCAGCUUGGGAAAAAACUUUGAGAUUCCUCCGAGUAAAAAGAGACAGCCCUCCUGCUGCUAUCCACUCUGUUGUGGUGCGCACACCUUCUGGAAUAGCUUGCACAAAUAAAUUUGCCACUAAGACAGUAAAGCUUCCUGCUCAAGGAGGAGAAAGAGUGACAAUUGUAUUGGCUGCUCCGGCAAACAUAUAUCAGGAGAUUGGUCCAUUAAAAUUGAGUGCUAAGCCUCCUGAACUUAGACCAGGGGAGCCUAUGUCUCUCACAAACCACACUACCGGGCAAGUGUCACAGUUAGUAAGAGCUCCUCUGAGAGAGGAGUACUCUUUUCUAUCUAACCCCUCACUUCUUUUUACUUCACUUGCGGUACUUGCUAGUGGAGACGCUGCUUCUGGUUUCAUUGAUCCCAGCCUUCCCAGACUCAUUUCUGUAGUAGCUGUUGCUUCCCUGGCUGUGGGAGCUACAGUGAGCCGUGUAAUUCUUCCACAGUUAAGCAAGCUUCCUCAGAGAAUGGUGGAUGUAAUUAAUCUAAAACAGCAACUUUUAUCUCAAUAUGACCUGCUGAAGUCUAGGAUCAAGGACCUAAGACACGAUACUGAAAAAGAGGUUUGGAUGCUGGCUCGCAUGUGCCAGUUAGAGAACAAGAUCAUUGCUGUAGGAGAACCAUCCUAUCGGGCUCGAAGAGCUAGAGUCAAAAAAGUUUGUGAAAGCCUGGAAAAAUCCAUCUCAGCAAGGAUUGAAUUAAUUGAUAGCUAUGCUAAAAUAUCUUCAAUGAUCGAAAUUGAAGUUGAAAUGGAUUCUGAUGUUCUUGUCGCUGAAGCCAUUAGCAAUGCGGAAAGCAUAGCAAAGCAGAUACAACAGAUAAUGGAGAUAGAAAAUCUUGAAGAGCGGUGGCGAAUACAAGCUGAGGCUAAUGAUGAGGUGGAAAGGCUGCUUAAUGCCCCACAAACUUCAACCGAACAACUGUAAAUAUGUGAGUGAUCAAAUAAUAAUUUUAUUUUUUAUUUCAUGGUGUCUAAAUUUAUCGAAGGUUACUAAUAAGCGUAAUUACUUUAGCUAAAUUGGAAUAAAUACAUGAGAAUGACAUUUUUUUAUUUUUUAUUUUGAGUUGUGGAGUUUAAUUUAUGCCUUAUGAAAGAACAUUUCAC